AUGGAGGUUGAACAGGCGGCAACAAUGCCCCAAGUUGCCAAUGGAGGGGAUUUUCCUCGAGGUAGAGACGAUGAUCUGCCGGUUACCGCAGCUGCCGCCGUCACCUCUGACAGGCGGACUCGACAAACCGGAACGAAACGGAGUAAAAGAGCGAGCACCAGCGUGAUCCGCAAGCCACAAAAAAUCAACUUGUCACCGUUGGUGCGCUCUGAGCGGGCAAAGGUUCCCGCGUGGCUACAGGUCGGCGACCUCCAGCCAGGGACACUGCUGCUGGGUUGCGUCGUCACCGUUAGGCCCGAAAGAGCAGUUAUUCUCUUGCCUUACGGCAUCUGGGGCACUUGUCCACUUGCCGGCACAGAGGCGCUGGAACGGAGCGCCUCGGGAGCUCCGACUGCAAGCGUGGCGGUUGCUGCCACCUUGAAGCUCCAACCGCAAACAAUCGUGCGAGCCUGCGUUCUCAGCCGGCCACUUGCGUCCCACGAACUAGAGCCGGAGCGCAGAGCAACACAUCAGAGUGGUAAACGCGAACGAAGCAUCCAUCUGAGCGUGGAUCCGCGUCACGUGAACCGCGGGUUAGGUCUGUCGGAGCGGCUCGCGGACUAUGGUCCCAUUCAGGUGCGACUGUCGCUCCCGUUAGAUGACGCACAGAAGCGUUUCACUGUCGAGGCGCUGGCAGAGGACCCGUCGCAAGAUCGGCGUCUUGCGUUGCAGGUCAGCGGAGCGGGUGCAACUGCUUCGAAUGAUACGGGAAUGGUGUGUUGGGCGUCGCUCGCAUCAUGGAACGAGCAACGACGUACAGGCAUCCUACAGAAUGAUCCGAAAAUGGUCGCAGAAGCGUUCACACGAGGCCAUUGGACGCUCGAGCAGCUGAGUCCCGGAAUGCUUGUGGAGGCACAGGUUCUAUCACGUGACGAGCGCUUCGCCAUCGUGCGCUUCCUCCAAGUCUUUGAAGGCAUCCUUGAAUGGUUCCAUUUGGAUCAGUGGGAAGACUUUGCUCGACUCGAGCCGGACGCCAUUCUUCGUGUCCGCCUGAUUUACAUCGAUUGUAGGCGUCGUCGGAUCAUGGUGACCGCCCGUACUAGUCUCGUGAACACGCUGACUCUGCCGCUAUUGGUGUCUGCUGCCCGCAGGUAUCACCGCGGCUCUUUCGUUGAAAGUCUUCGUGUGUUCAAAAUAGAAAACGGACGCGGAAUCUGGCUCCGCAAGGACAAGGAGGCGAUUUACUUUUUCGCGGAUCGCAAGAUGCUCAGCGAUGAGCGAUUUUCUCGAAUGGAAAGGCUGUUUCCGCUGGGCACAGUCGUACCCCGCGCCCGAGUCGUGAGUCACAUGGCGAUGGAAGGCAUCGUGCGCGUGAGUCUGAAGCCGUCUCUUCUUGAACGAAAGUUUAUGGACGUUUCAGAGUUGGAGCCUGGUGCCUUGGUGCGCUGUCGGGUCCUCGGAUGGAUAUCCGUGACCCCGGCGACAGCGACUCCUUCACUGCGCGUCUCCAUUGAGGACUGCCUCUCCGGUGAAAUUCCUCUGGAGCUGCUCACCGAUGUACCGGUCCAGUGGCGGCGACUAGAGAAGAAGUUUCCACCGGGCUCGCAACUGCGAUGCCGGGUCUGGCUCGUCUACCCCAAGCGCAAACAAGUGCUUUUGACAGCUCGCCGAUCGCUCGUGGACUCGGACCUGCCGAUUCUCGCUGGCUGGGAUACCAUGCAGCAGGGCCAAGUAUACGCUGGUAUCCUGGGGCCGCGCGAUCCUUCAGGCGCAUACCGUGUGCUUUUCUAUCAACGCUUCACAGGUAUUCUGCCAGCAAAUCUAGGAACGGAAAUGGCCUCGUUCAAGUCCGGCCAAGUUAUUCGCGUCCGAGUGGAACGAAUCCAUUCAAGGAGGGCGAAGCAACUGCUGGUGAGUCUAGAUAAUAGUGCAGUCACUGCGACGCCGAUGGCGGCAGCAGCAGCAGCAGCAGCAUCAGAGCAGCAGAGCGAUCAAGGCAGGUUACGUCCAGGCACCCUUGUGCGUAUUCAGAGCGCCUUUCGCGACCAGGUAGGGCGCAUCCUGGCUCUCGUGUACAUCGACGAGCCCCGCGCGAAAGACGCUGGUGCGCAGUCUGCGAAGAGAACUUGGCUUGUGCUGCUUCCUCGCCAGCAUCUCACCGAUUAUCCGAUGUUCCAGAAAUCUUGGGCCGCUGAUGCCGGUCUAGCCGCACUCUGUGACGAAGUUGCGCUAGUGAUCGAUGCUGGUCACACUGGAGACAGCUCUCUGCCGCUCAUCUCGCAUCGCUGGUCGCUCUGUCGAGCAGCAGCUUGUGGACUGCUGGAUGACGGGGCGGUGGAGCGAUCUGCACCUGGUUCCAUCGGAGUCGGGUAUGUGGAGCGGAUAGGUGCCGCUCAGGCCUACGCUGUAGUGCGUCUGGGGCUAUCGUCGCGACGGGUUCACGUCCAGCGAGCCCUGCUUGCCGAUCGCUUCGUGGAUCAAUCCACGAGCGUGCUUCUCGAAGGCCAGCUUGUUCUCUACUCCGUUCGAAAUGGAUCUCGGUAUAGUUUGCGCUACAGCGACGUCCAGCCUGCGCUCGAAACAGAGCCGUAUCGCGAAUUCUUCCAAGAGAUGCGCUCUCUGGUGCCGCUCGUUCGAGAACUAGCGCGACUGUGGCGAGCACAUGAAGCAUCCCAAUCCCUGGGUCUGAGCUUGCCGCUACCCGGCACGCUUGUUCGUGGUCGCGUGCUUUACAGUGGCGACGAUAGAAUGGAUAUGGAGGUUCAGCACGAGCAGGUCAUCUAUCGGGGAGUCGUUGGAUCGUACCAUUUUGUGGACACACAGGCUGGCGAGCAGGCUCCAACUGCCAGCCGAGAAACAUCCACAACUCGUGCCGCAGUGGGGCAACUCUGCACUGCUUUGGUGCUCUGGAUGGAUCCACUUGCCAAAACAAUGGUAUUAUCACGCAAAGCGAGCCUGUUGAAAACAGCACCGUUGCCAUGGAGCGACGCUCAAUGCCUAACUGCGACCGAUAGCACUGUAUCGUCGUCACUAGGCGGAUGUACUCGAGUUCAAAAGGCGCAGGUCUUGGCUGUCUAUGGCCAAGUUGCUGUACUUUUGGCCCAAGCUCGCCUCGCGUUCAUGAGUACCCUCGAUAUCAAUGGACGCGGAACAGAGCGGCCUGUCCAUGUCGGACAGCAACUCACGGUAACUGCUAGAACGGCGAACGCAACAGCACGACCGCCUCCUGCACCUGCUGCUUCGACUCCUGCUGCUGACGACGAGAAUAACGGAGCCAAGAACGGUGACGACGCUGCAGAGUGGCCUGCCUGGAUGCGCGCCAUGUUGCGUGCCAGUGUGCGACCUGCUGCUCCUAGUACAGAGACUGCCGCUCAGAGCGCGGGCGUUCAGACGAAACGGCAAGUGCCACAACCGCUAUCCAGACCGCCUGUACGUAUCGGUGACGUCGUUACGGACGCCGAGGUGACGGCUGUGCACUCGUUUCAGGUACAUGUGCGCUGGUCCGAUGGCCAAACAGGUCGCGUGCACAUUAUCAACGUAGAGAACGAGGGCGCCUUUCGGGAGCUUCAGGUCGGCCAGUUGCUGCCGCCUGCUCGCAUUGUCGCUCAGCGGCGGCCGCGGCAGUGGGAACUCUCGCUGCGUCAACGCGACCUCGAAGCCACCGAUGUAUUGUCGUUGGACUCGCUGCCUCAAACUGGCGACCUUGUCGAGCGAGCAGUGGUGAAGACCACCGACCUCAAUGCACAGGGUGACGUUUUGGCUGUAUGGCUCUACGUUCGACCGGGGCUCGUUGCCCGCCUCUCACGCCUGGAGGCUACACCGCGAGUGCUCGAUGAAAGCUGGGUACCCGGACGCUUUGUGCAGGGUCUACGCGUUCUCCGCGCGGAUGCUGAUCGCAAACGAUAUGACUUGACCACAACGGACCCGCUGCUUGCUGGCCAGUGCAUCACUGGGGCACGAGUACGGUCGGUGCAUCCAGUGGAUGGUAUCGUGCGGGUGCAGCUUCCGCGAGGGCAAAUGGGGGUCCUUUUUAUCGGCUGUCUGCCCUAUGAAGACCCCAAGGAUCCAUUCCGAACGCUGCAAGGUAUUCAAAAACUGGAUGUUUACCUCGUUGAAGAUUGGAUUCCUUCCAAGCAAGUGCCGGUUACCGCGAUACCGGAGCGUCAACCGCUCCGCUGGGCGCAACUCCACCGCGGUGAUGUCGUCGGUGCUUUUGUGCGGCACGUUGACCAGGCGGGGGUCUUUCUGAACCUUGCUCCAGGGCUAGUUGCCAGGUGCCUAUUGCGCGAUCUCGCAGAGGGCUUUGUGCCCGACCCUGUCCAGGUGUAUCCAGUCGGUAUGCACGUGCAAGCGAUGAUCACCGACUGCGGCGGCAGUGACGCACGCCACGUACGCGUCUCGUUGCGAGCAGCGCAACAACAACAACAGCAGCAGCAGCAACGGGCCGUUGCAGCGGAGCAGGCACCAACGUCAGCGGUUCACAUCGGGGGCGUGUAUUUGGGGCGCGUUCGUCGCGUCGUUCCGUUUGGUAUCUUUGUGGAGCUGCUGACAGAUCGUACAGACGAGGGCGAUGCACAAGUGCUCGCUACGGCGCUCUGUCAUCGAAGUGAGCUGGUAGAGCAGGGACCAUGGCCUCUGCCCGAGGAGCUUCCACAAAGGUUUCGGGUCGGUCAGCACCUGCCGGUGUUGGUGGUAGCGAGAGACGCUGCUGGUCGCUUGUCACUAUCAGCGAAGGCCUCUUUGAUAAAGGAGGCGUUGGCUACGCAAUGCGCCUCUGCGAAGUCCAUCGAUGAGGUGGACUUGGGUGCUGGUUUCACUCCAGCGCUCAAGGACGUCAUCGUGUCCGCCACAGAGGACGAGAAUGUCGCGCACGAACCGAUCUCUAGAAGCGGUAACUGCGACUCGCCAGCAUCUGCGGCUACCAAAUACGCAGCUUCAUCUUUGAUGGGGAGCGAACGAUCUCCUCAGCAGAGGGAUGCGAUGGCGUGUCUGGGAUCGAACACAACAGCACUCGAUCAUCUCGAGGAGAAUACGGAGACGGAGGAGAUGGAGCACACUGCGCACCAACCGAAUGGCGUCUAUGCAGCUGUGAACGGUGCAUCGGCGGGUACGCUUCCGUUCCUCGCGAUACCAAGCGAGACAGAACUGGUACGCGAGGACGCGGACACACAUGCAUCCAAAGAUUGGUCACGGUCUGUCGAUGAAGCAUCUGGGGCUGCAAGAGCACCUCUCGACGAUGAAGCGCUAGAACGUGGCGAACGUGCGCUCGUAGAAUCGUUGCACAAGCCACAGACCGCAGCAGACUUUGAGCGCGCGCUACUGGGGCGCCCCAACGAUCCCCAGCUCUGGAUCGGCUACAUGGCCUUGCAUCUCGCUACCGGGAACGAGCUUGAGGCAAGAGGCAUCGCAGAGAGAGCUCUGCAAACAAUUCACUACCGCGAGUACCAGGCUCGCAUGCGUGUGUGGAUUGCGUACCUGAACCUGGAGCGUUCCGCAAACGCUGCCGCGGAUCCACUCGAGAGCGACAUCUUUCGCCGAGCGCUUCAGAACUGUGAUAGCUUGCAGCUGCACCUGCGCUUGGCGCGUUCCCUAGAGGCAGCUCAGGAAGUCAAACUCGCUGGCCGAGUCUACGAACAUGCAUGCCGACGACACGGUCACCAGACGGCGUCUGUUUGGAUAGCGUAUGGCGCAUUCUGUUUCCUUCGAAGCUCACAAGAGGUCCUGGGGCGCACGCUUCUAGAACGAGCGCUACGAGCACUGAUGGACCCCGCUCAGCACGUUCAGUGCAUCCUCAAGUUCGCUACGUUUGAGUUCAAGGGUUCCGGUGAACCUGAACGCGGGCGAACGCUAUUGGAGAACCUGAUUCAGGCGUUCCCCAAACGAUUAGACUUUUGGAACGUGUACUUGGAUAUGGAGCUGAUGCUUUUACGCCAAGAACGCGGCAAACUCGAACUCGUUCGCAGAUUGUUUCGUCGAUGCACAGCGCUUCCCAAUCUUAGUCUGAAACAGGCCAAACACUUCUUCAAGCGAUACUUGGAAGUGGAACGAGCAUUUGGCGACGCGUCUUCCGUCGAGCACGUGAAGCAGGCCGCGCGCGCCUACGUUGCCCAGCGCACGGGCGAGGCGCCGCAGCGCUAA